AUGAAGCUCGAUUCAGCAGUCGUCGAUCGCCUCGGCCUAGACGCCGAGAAAACGAGAGUGUCCUCUGCAAGCGGAGGCGGCUCGAGCUCGGCAUCGACGUGGAAGAUCACAUCGCAGCUUGACGAUGGCACGGAAAAGACGUUUUUCAUGAAGACUGGAAACGGAAAAGAGGCGGGUGUUAUGUUCCAAGGCGAGUAUGCAUCUCUUAAAGCCAUCAACGACGCCGUAUCCUCGCUAUGUCCUCAACCCCUUGGUUACGGACAAUUCGAAUCGCAGCCCUCUGUAUCUUUCCUCGUGACCGACUUCCUUCACCUCACCGGACGAUCGAGCUCGAAAUCGUCCAAAGCGCCAUCGCUGGCAGCCAAGCUCGCUAAGCUACAUACCACGCCCGCGCCCAUACCAGAAGGCUACGACAAGCCCGUAUUUGGGUUUCCAGUGACGACGUGCUGCGGCGAUACACCACAAGAUAACAGCUACAAGGAGAGUUGGGCGGACUUCUACGCGGAGAACCGUCUCAGGUUCAUUCUGCGAUGCGCGGAGCAGAACGGGAGGAAGGAUGGCGACGUGAAGAAGCUGGUUGAGCAGACUGCGGCACAGGUCGUGCCCCGCUUAAUCGGUGAUAGUCAUCUUAACAACGGCAAGGGAGUUACGCCAGUCGUUGUGCAUGGUGAUUUAUGGAGCGGCAAUGCCAGCGCAGGCUUCGUUGGUGUCAAAAAGGGUGAGCCUGAAGACGUCAUCUUCGACUCUUCGGCAUGCUACGCGCAUAGCGAGUUUGAACUAGGCAUCAUGAACAUGUUUGGUGGGUUCGGUGGUCCCUUCCUGAAAGAGUACCAUAAGCUGUGUCCGAAGACGGAACCGGUCGAAGAGUACGAAGACAGAGUAAAGCUCUAUGAGUUGUACCAUCACCUCAACCACUAUGCGAUGUUUGGGGGAGGUUAUCGGAGUGGCGCAGUCAGUAUCAUGAACGAGCUUAUCAAGAAGUAUGGCGGUGAAGGAUAG